CUGUCUCUUUUACGUCAGUUUUCUUUCCUCCUUUUCCCUAAAGAAUGAGUGAGGAAAUCUCACAGAUACGCAGAACCGUGGGCAACACGCAAGCGCAGUAGUGCCCCCCCAUGUUUAUAUCAGUGGGAGGGUUCUUAAUCUCAGUCCAGACGAGGUAGCCAGUAGCGGAUGAUGAAGAGGGUUAGCGCUUCUGUCUGCCUGUCCGUUGAAGUCUUUGGGUUUUAAAUGCCAACGAUGUGACAGCGGAAAUCACCAUGUCUGCUCUAUGUCCUCCACCUUCUCCUGCUGUUCCCAAGACUGAGAUUGCAUUGAGCGGAGCGUCACCAUUACUGGCUGCUACUUUUGCAUACUGGGAUAAUAUUCUUGGCCCCAGGGUGAGACACAUCUGGGCACCCAAAACAGAGCAGCAACUUCUCAGUGAUGGAGAAAUAACAUUUCUUGCAAACCAUACUUUGAACGGGGAAAUUCUUCGGAAUGCAGAGAGUGGCGCAAUAGAUGUGAAGUUUUUUGUUUUGGCUGAGAAAGGAGUCAUUAUCGUGUCCUUAAUUUUUGAUGGGAAUUGGAAUGGAGACAGAAGUACAUAUGGGCUAUCAAUAAUACUUCCACAAAGUGAGCUCAGUUUUUAUCUUCCCCUUCACAGAGUAUGUGUUGACAGGCUGACACAUAUUAUAAGGAAAGGAAGGAUAUGGAUGCAUAAGGAAAGGCAGGAACACUUUCAAAAGGCUAUCUUGGAAGGCACAGAGAGAAUGGAAGACCAGGGCCAGAGCAUCAUUCCAAUGCUGACAGGGGAAGUUAUUCCUGUAAUGGAACUCCUUUCAUCUAUGAAAUCACACAGUGUUCCAGAAGAAAUAGAUAUAAGUGAUACAGUUCUUAGUGAUGAUGACAUUGGAGACAGCUGUCAUGAAGGUUUCCUCCAUAAAGCCAUCAGUUCACACCUGCAGACCUGUGGUUGCUCAGUAGUUAUAGGAAGCAGCACCGAAAAAGUUAAUAAAAUGGUACGCACACUGUGCCUCUUUCUCUCUUCAGCAGAGCGGAAAUGUUCUAGGCUGUGCAGAAAUGAAACCUCCUUUAAGUACGAGUCGGGUCUUUUUGUGCAAGGAUUGCUCAAGGAUGUUACUGGAAGCUUUGUAUUGCCUUUCCGUCAAGUGAUGUAUGCCCCGUAUCCUACCACACAUAUCGAUGUAGAUGUCAACACAGUGAAACAGAUGCCUCCAUGCCAUGAACAUAUCUAUAAUCAGCGGCGUUACAUGAGAUCUGAGCUAACAGCAUUUUGGAGGACUGCUUUGGAUGAAGAGAUGGUUCAGGAUACCGUUAUCCAUACAGAUGACAGCUUCACUCCUGAUUUGAAUGUUUUCCAAGAUGUCCUGCACCAAGACACGCUAGUAAAAGCCUUCCUGGAUCAGGUCUUUCAUUUGAAACCUGGAUUGUCUCUGAGGAAGGUGUUCCUUGCACAAUUCUUAUUAGCCCUUCACAGAAAAGCCUUAACUCUCAUCAAAUACAUAGAAGAUGAUACGCAAAAAGGAAAAAAGUCCUUUAAAUCGCUCCGUAACUUGAAGAUAGACCUGGAUUUAACAGCAGAGGGCGAUCUUAACAUAGUAAUGGCUUUAGCUGAGAAGAUCAAGCCUGGUUUACAUUCAUUCCUCUUUGGCCGACCUUUGUGUACUAGCAUGCAGGAACGUGAUGUCCUAAUGGCAUUUUAAAGAUGUUGAUACCCCUCAACAAUGCUUUUCAAAGAUACCAGCAAAGGGAGUAUGUUGUUCCUCUUCACGUGCAUGUGCUGCUCUCUCAUGCGAUGGAAUGUGGGGUUAUUCCACAGCAGGAGUGGGGAAACUUUUUUCAGCCCGAGGGCUGCAUUUGCUUUUGGUCAGCCUUCUGAAGACCACACACCUGUGGGGGGCAGGGUUAGAGGCAAAGUGAGCAGGGCAAUGAAUGUAAAGUUUGCCUUUGGUACAGUAGGCAAAUUUUGCCUUUGGUACUUUCUACACACACUCAAGCACCCCUCUCUAUCCUCCAUCUAGGUAAGCAGGGGGCAUGAUCAGAUGUCAAGGACACAGUCCAGCCAGGCUAAAACACUUGGGGUACAAAUCAUGGCUAGUGGGGGUUUUGCCCUGGGUCAGAGAGGCCUGGAGGGCUGCAUUCAGCCCCCAGGCCGGAGGUUCCCCACCCUGCUGUACAGCCUGAAGAAAAAGGAGCAAGGACUGGUGUGUGGAGUCAAGUAACUUCAACUUAGAAAUGCAUUUUAUUUCCAGUAAACAUUGCUGUGGGUUGUUUAAAUGCCAACUUAAAGGAGUUUUUACAACCACAAAGUAAAGAGGACAAUUUUUAAUGGGUUAAGAGCACACUGGAUUUAUAACUUUUUCUUGUGUAUGGUAUUGGGAAAAAUAAUACAUUUGUCCCUUCCUAUUUGGGGACAGUUGGCUGCAAAGCAAUUAUCAUCAGGCGUCAUGCUUUUGUGUGAAGAACCAAGCAAUGCUAUUCUAUUGCUGUUUUGUUUUGGAGGGGUUAGACCAGUGAGGGAGAAAAUUUGGCCCUUCAAAUGUUGUUGGACUGCAACUCCCAUUUGCCCCAGCCAGAACGGUCAAUGGUCAGGGAUUAUAGGAGUUGUAGUCCAGCAACAUCUGGAGGGCCAGAGGUUCCCCACCCUUUGUUGGAACAUCAUGCAUGCUGAACUGUUUAUUGACUAGCAUAGAAGUAGGUCUUCAGAGUGCAAAUUAGGAACACUAGGUUUUAUGCUGAAGAGUUGCCAAGCUUACACUGAUAAGUAAAAGCCAAAAAAAACCCCUAGAUGUCCUGUGCUUCUUAGCGGGUGAGGAGAGCGCUGGUUACAGUUAAGUUUGGUAAACAACACAAUUACAAGAAGGAUGCUAGUGGCAAAACUCUACUUCUGCUCUUUAACUCCAGUAUAUUUGCCUCUUGGCUAUUUGUUUUUUCUACACUGAAAACAACUAUAAAUUGCCUGUUUUCCACUGCCUUUCCUGACUGUAUAAUAAUAUUUAUAUUGGUUCUAAUGUACAGGUUUCACAAAGUAAAAAUGCAAAGAUCUGCAUGUCAUGUUGUACUUGAGAAGAUGUUUUCAGUGUAUGCUGCUUUUUAUUUAUUUCAUUACUUAAUGGUGGUUGUCUUACUUUGUUUUUUGCUAAAUGGAGAUAACUGCAAUUUUUUGUGUUUUUCCACGAUUAGGGAAAUUUACCAUUAAAAAAACCUUUACAUACGUCUAGUAAAGCUUUGCUUUUUAAAAGCCAUUCUUGAACAUUCCACAACUGGAAUCUUUCUUUACUUAGAAUCCUGUUAUGUAUUGUAAUCCUGUGGCUAUGAAUGUGAUGAUUCAGGCACGUGAAGUUUUUCCCUUUAACUUCUGCAUCUUGGGAAACUGUGCGUGCUAAACUUUCCCUCUCAGUAAAAUAAGCAAGAUAGUCUGCUUGUGUGAAGUUCAGUGUCUACAGCAGAGCCUGACAGAUCUCUGGCCUAGUACUCCCAUUUAAAAAGAUGUAAAGUUAUGUCAAAAUACCAAAUAACAUUGCAGAAGGGGAAAACUGAAAGAUGUAACCCUUUGGGAAGAAAGGAAAGGGGCCAAUAGAAAUGAGGCCCAGUUCAGAUGUAGUGGUAGGCCAUAGUUACAGACAAACACUGGCUUAUCACAAACACUUCAUCCAUGCUGCUUAAAUUGUGUCUGCCCUACUCCUCCCUUUGCCUUCCUCUCGUAGGUUGUUUGGAGACAAAGGAACCGAGAGCACUGGUUUGAAUGCAGUGCUAAUCCAGAGAUGUAGUUGCACCCACCUUCAGUCCCUGGUGUCUCCAGCUGGGGCUGGGAGAGACUCCUGCUUCAGUCCCUGGAGAGCCAUUGCCAGGCAUCAUAGCCACAAUACCAAUCUCACUGAAAGGCAGCUCAUUUUUCUGUGCGGUUUGCUGCUUGGCAAGCAGAGGAGCAGGGCGGCUGCAAUCUGGGUUGUGUGCAUCAGCGCACUGUUCAUUCAUGGUAAGUCACAGUUGGCUUAUAACUAUGGCUUACUGUGAAAUGUGAACCAGGCCGUUCAGUUACACAUUGCCAUUGAAUUUGUCUGGUGUCUGGAGUGGGAUUGGAAACUAACAUAGCAUCUCAUUGUCUGUGUAUUCUGCAGGUCUCUAUCUCUCAUGUUUCUAGGUCUUGAGAUAGCAAGGUGCUUGGAAAAAACAAAACAGAAAAAAAGUCGUGCACAACACGGUGUCAAGAUGUCAAACUAUUUUUCUUAAAUUUUAAGUGGUUACAGGGCUGAGUUGUGAGAUGCUAUUGCACACAGAUUGUAUUAUUGAAACUUUGGCCUCAUGGUAGCUUCAUGCACUUUGGCAAAUAUCACUGGCAUUACUAAAAAGAGAGUUCUGUUGCCUGAAACACACCCAUGUCUGACUUUCAUUCUGGAGUGUCAAAAUACUAAAAAACUGUUCCAAGUUUUGAUGCACUUCUGUCAUGCGUGCUGAGUAUAAUAAAAGAUAAAGAU